AUGGCUGAUAAUAAACAAAAUGAAAGUACAGAUGAACUGAACCCAUCAGCAGCCGAAUUAGAGAAAGAAACAAUGCUAGUUCGAGUUCAAUUGGUCGAACAACAACAACAAGCAAGAACUUGCACAGAUCCACAACAGCAAGCAAUUUGUGCUACUGCUGUUGUAAGAACAGCCCAUGACCUGCUAGACACCGAAAAAGAAUGGAAAGAUAAACGAGAAGAAGAAGAGUAA